GGAAACUGACUCAUAUAGUCCACGCUGAAUCUCCCGCGAACGCAGCCAUUUUCUGUUUUCUCUCCUCGCUGUACCACCGGAAAACCGCAACCACGGCCGCCAAUAUGGAAAAACAUGAUUGUGUCGCUUCAUUUAAGUUGGUGUUGGUAGGUGAUGGGGGCACCGGAAAAACGACAUUUGUGAAGAGGCACGUCACAGGAGAGUUCGAGAAGAAAUACGUUGCUACUCUGGGAGUAGAGGUGCAUCCACUGAUCUUUCACACAAAUAGAGGACCUAUUAAGUACAAUGUGUGGGACACAGCUGGUCAGGAGAAGUUUGGAGGCUUGAGAGAUGGAUACUACAUUCAAGCUCAGUGUGCUAUCAUCAUGUUUGACGUCACCUCUAGAGUAACCUAUAAGAAUGUGCCUAACUGGCACCGUGACUUGGUCCGUGUCUGUGAGAAUGUUCCCAUUGUCCUUUGUGGCAACAAAGUGGACAUAAAAGACAGGAAAGUCAAAGCCAAGAGCAUUGUGUUUCACCGCAAGAAGAACCUGCAGUACUAUGACAUUUCUGCCAAGAGUAACUACAACUUUGAGAAGCCUUUCUUGUGGUUAGCAAGAAAGAUGAUCGGUGAUGCCAACCUGGAAUUUGUUGCAAUGCCAGCCCUUGCUCCCCCAGAAGUCCAAAUGGACCCAACGCUUGCUGCUAAAUACGAGGAAGAGCUUCAAGUUGCAUCACAAACAGCGCUCCCAGAAGAUGAAGAUGACCUCUAACAUGUUCCCUGGAUUUUCUCUCCCCCUCCCAAUUGUGGACAGGAAGCUGUUGCCCCUUAACUGUUCUAUCCCCUUUCAGAUUUUUUUAUUUUUGAAAUUUUCUGUUUGUUUUAAAACUUAAAAGAUAACUUGGUGGAGAAGUUGUAGUUCUAAUUUCACAGUAUAAGACACAUCCCACCCUAGUGUUGUCGUUAGUAUGGCGACAUGCUACUCUUCAUCAUCGAGCACCUUCCACUGCACUUAACCAGCUCACAUAAUGCUGUUGUAUGGUGUACUGGAAACACUAAGGGGAGCAAACUUUGAAUAAAAACAUUCUCAAUAUAA